AUGUAUACCACAAAACCAGAAAAUGAACAUUUGGAGGAUAAAAACAUUCAAUCACCUAUAACACCUGAGAUUCUCAACGAUAGUAAUACUAGUAAACAGGAAGAAACUAAGCAAAUUGUCUUCUCAAACACAGAGGAAACAAAACCACAGAUGAAAAAAAGUGCUUGUCCUCCACAAGGAACACUGAAUAAAUAUAUUACAAAUGGAGUUUUACAUGUUAUGAUAUGGUGUGCAGUCUGGUCACUCUCAGGCCCUGUUUUCUUUGGUGGAAAUUUAUUUGGACUAUUAAUUACCUUUUAUUGCUCCAUAAUGGGGGGCAAACUUUUGGAACUCAUUAGAAUACCAUCAGUGCCUCAACUUCCACCUCUUCUUGGGAUGUUACUGGCUGGUUUUACCAUCAGGAAUGUUCCAUUGCUCAGUAAGUUUGUCCAAAUUAGUAACAUGUGGUCUUCAACUUUAAGAAAUUCUGCCCUUACCCUUAUCCUAGUAAAAGCUGGACUUGGACUCGAUCCACAGGCUCUGCGGCAUUUGAGGAGAGUUUGUUUAAGACUGUCUAUGGGUCCAUGCCUCAUGGAAGCAUGUUCAACUGCUGUCAUUUCCCACUUCCUUAUGAAGUUUCCCUGGCAAUGGGGAUUUCUAUUAGGUUUUGUAGUAGGUGCUGUUUCUCCUGCUGUUGUCGUGCCUGCCAUGCUACUCUUGCAAGAAAACGGAUAUGGUGUGGAGAAAGGCAUUCCAACCUUACUAAUGGCUGCCAGCAGUUUGGAUGACAUCGUGGCUAUCACUGGAUUUGGUACAUGUAUGAGCAUAGUCUUCUCCACAGGUGAUAUACUUAAUAAUCUUGCAACCUCUUUUCGGAAUAUACUUAUUGGUAUGCUGGUAGGAAUAAUUUUGGGAUUUUUUGUUCGCUAUUUCCCAAGUGAAGAUCAGGCUAAUCUUCCACUGAAGAGAGCAGCCCUCAUUCUGAGUAUGUGUAUCACUGCUGUCCUAGGCAGCAGUCACCUCGGCAUACACGGAGCCGGAGGGCUGUGCACACUGAUGUUGUCAGUCAUUGGAGGAAUGAAGUGGUCCAACGGAAAGAUUAGCGUCCAAAAACUUAUUGCAACUGCAUGGGAUAUUUUUCAACCCCUUCUUUUUGGUUUGGUUGGAUUGGAGGUAUCUGUUGCAUCUCUUAAAUCAAAUGCUAUUGGCAUUUGUGUCGCCACCAUGAGUUUGGCAUUAUUGGUUCGGAUUUCUUUUACAUUUGUAUUGAUGUCUUUUGCUGGUUUCAAUGUUAAGGAGAAAAUAUUUAUUGCUUUAUCAUGGAUGCCCAAAGCUACAGUCCAGGCUGUAUUAGGUCCUCUGGCGCUAGAAACUGCAAGAACCAGUGCACCCUACCUGGAGGCAUAUUCGAAGGAUGUGAUGACAAUAGCAUUUUUAGCCAUCUUAAUCACAGCUCCAAACGGAGCUCUAAUUAUUGACAUCCUGGGGCCCAAAUUACUUAAACGCCAUGUGAUCCAAACAAAAUAAAACUGGAAUUAACAAGAUUAGA